AUGAAUGAGUCGAAUCAAACUCACGAGCGCCUGAUUUCCUUCACCAACUUGACGACGCAUAACUGCGUGUGUUUUCUUGAUAAGAUAUGGCUCUUAAUUUGCUGGCUCCAACUGAAAUCAAGACACUUUCUUUCUGGGACCCCACGAAAUCGAAUCACAAGCUUCAUCUCUUCAAGACCCAAAAAGGUGGGUUUUCUCUCAAGAGAAGGGAAAAUGGAUGCACUGCUUCAAAAAGAGUCCAUUGUUCGGCCCAGCCACCUCCUCCGGCUUGGCCGGGCCGGGCUUCCGUCGAUUCCGACAGAAAAUUAUUCCGAACAUUCAGCUAUAUUUCAGUGUAUACAAGGCUUGCCCGAAGGUGCUUUGAGGCGAAUAAUUUUGACGGCAUCAGGGGGAGCAUUCCGGGAUUUGCCGGUUGAUAAGUUGAAAGAUGUGAAAGUAGCAGAUGCUUUAAAACAUCCCAAUUGGAAUAUGGGGAAAAAGAUUACGGUCGACUCUGCCACACUCUUUAACAAGGGUUUAGAAGUAAUAGAAGCUCACUAUCUUUUCGGAGCCGAAUAUGACGAUAUCGAGAUCGUUAUUCAUCCUCAGUCCAUCAUACAUUCGAUGAUUGAAACACAAGAUUCAUCUGUACUAGCACAAUUAGGAUGGCCCGACAUGCGUUUGCCUAUUCUAUACACAAUGUCAUGGCCCGAUCGAGUUGGAUGUUCUGAGAUUACGUGGCCUCGACUUGAUCUUUGCAAGCUGGGUUCUCUUACGUUCAAAGCUCCCGAUAAUGUGAAAUAUCCAUCGAUGGAUUUGGCUUAUGCAGCCGGACGAGCUGGCGGGACAAUGACCGGUGUUCUUAGUGCCGCUAAUGAGAAAGCUGUGGAAAUGUUCAUCAACGAGCAAAUUGGGUAUCUCGACAUAUUUAAAGUCGUGGAGCUAACGUGCGAUAAGCAUCGUUCAGAAUUGGUGUCUUCACCUUCGCUCGAGGAAAUUGUGCACUAUGACUUGUGGGCCCGGGAUUAUGCAGCCAGCUUGAAACCGUCGGCUAGCUUGAAGCCUGCACUUGUAUGA